UCCUGAAUUGUAUCUAUGUCAUUUAAAGGUAAAGUCAAACAUCUACUUCACGGGGACAGCUUUAACUGUGAAGCUGAUCUUCUGCUGGUGAACGCCCUCUACUUCAAAGGACAAUGGGAAGUGGAAUUUGACAAAGAACUCACCAAAGAUGAGCCAUUCUACUUCAAUGAGAUUAAAUGUACAAAUGUACCGAUGAUGCAGCGGAAAGGCCAGUUCAACACAGGCAAGAUUGAGGGCUCUGAGGUGCAGGUACUUGAGAUCCCGUACAAAAACAACACUCUGAGUCUGUUCAUAUUGCUACCUAAAGACUGCACGAUUGAGUCUCUUCAGCAGCUGGAAGAUGAAUUGACCCAUGAGAAACUUCUGAACUGGGGCUGUCUUCUGAAGCCGCAGGAGGUACAUGUGGCCAUCCCCAAGUUCAGCAUGGAGAAAACCAUUGAGGCGAACACCUAUUACCUACCACAUCUGACUGAUCCCGACAAAGCCGACCUGUCUGGAGCAACAGACACCAGAGGUGCAGUUCUGACUCACCUUUUCCAUGAUGCUUUCCUAGAGAUUGAUGAAGAGGGUGGGAAGGAACCGGAGAAGUUCCCUUCUUCCAAGGACAGACACCUAGCACGUCGUGCACCUCUUCGCUUAGUGGCUAAUCGUCCUUUUGUAUACUAUGUUAUACACAAAAGCACACAGAGCCUUCUUGCCUUUGGUAGAUUCACUAAACCAGUUGAAAGGAAAGAUUCUGAUUAACAGAACCAGAGAUCUUUAGCCCCCAGUAUGGAAAAAACAACAACCCAAACCCUACAGAAUUGGCUAUAGGGUUAUUGGAUUGAACUUCCCCACACCCAGGGCUUUUUUUGUAGAAAAAGCCCAGCAGGAACUCAUUAGCAUAACAGGCCACACCCAA